AUGAACGCUGAAGAUUUAGCUACGUUUAUCAAAAUUGAGAAAGUUCCUCUGGUAACUGAGUUCAGCGAUGAGGCUGCUAGUGUGGUCUUCGGCAGUGAAAUCAAAAGACACAUCAUUGUCUUUAUGAGCAAGACAGAUGAUGCCUACAAACCAAAUAUGGAAGUACUUAAAAAGAUAGGUGUCGAAUUCCGUGGUAGUGCUCAUGUUGUCUACAUUAAUGUUGAUGAUGAAAGCCACGAGCGUAUUCUCGGUUUCUUUGGUAUAACAAAAGAAAUGUGCCCAACAUAUCGUGUUAUUGAGCUGGAUGAUGCGGUUGUCAAAUUCAAGCCUGAGACUGAUGAGUUCGCCUUCGAUGCAAUGAAAUCCUUUAUCCAUGAUGCCAUUGUCAAAAAGAUUAGGCCAUACCUUCAAUCCGAGGAAAUUCCCGAUGAUUGGGAUAAAGAACCAGUUAAAAUUUUAGUUGGAAAGAAUUUCGACGUUGCUCGUAAUUAUUCUGUAUGUGCAAUAGUGAUGUUCCAUGCACCAUGGUGUGGCCAUUGCAAACAGCUUAAGCCCACCUGGUUUGAACUUGGUGAACGCUUCAAAGAUCAUCCUGAGGUUAUGAUUGCCAUGCUUGAUGCCACGGCUAAUGAGUUGGAAGAUAUUAAGAUUAGCAGCUUUCCAACUAUUAAACUCCUUCCUAAAGACUCGGACGAUAUUAUUGAUUACGGCAAUGAGCGUUCAUUGGAAGCGCUCACUGUCUUUAUUGAGAGGCACUGUAAGGUCUCGAUUAAAACUGCGGAGGACAAGGAAAGUGUUAAAGAAGAAUUGUAA